AUGAAAUCAUUCAUUACGUUCGCCACGCUCUGGGCAGGCUUCACCUCCGCCGCUCCAGUAUCAACCCACGUCUCUGGUGGUCAGGAGCACAUUGUCAUCAUCGACAAAUCCCACCCAACACCACCAGGAGUCGCCGAAGUCCUCAGGAGACUCGAACUCAAUCCACAACACUCCGAUGUCCGCCACAUCUUCAACAACAGCGCCUUUCAAGGCUUCUCCGCGUCCAUGAAAUCCCACUGUCUCGACCUCCUCGCCAACAUGACCGAUGUCUCCAUGGUCGAGGCCGCGAUCUCCGUCACGCGUGGCGCCUCAGCUCCCUACGAUACCCGACCCGAUGCACCGUGGGGUCUACAAGGCAUCUCGACAUCCGCCUCUGUCAGCGGUAGUGCUUCCAGGUUGGACCACACCUAUGCAUACUCCGACUCCUCGCUCGGCACCGGCGCAGACAUCUACAUCGUCGACACGGGUGUCUACGCCGAACACAAUAUCUUCAACGGCCGCGCGAAGAUGGUCUGGUCCUACAACCAAGACAUGUCGGAUAAAGACGGCCACGGCACCCACGUUGCCGGCACAGCAGCAGGCGACAUUCUUGGCGUGGCAUCCAAGGCUCGCGUAUUCGGUGUCAAAGCCCUCGAUGCCGAUGGUGGUGGGUGGUCGUCCAAUGUCGUGGCGGGCAUCGACUAUGUCAUCAAAGCCCACGACGCACGCAAGGCCGCCUCCGACCCUUCAUUCGCCGGCUCCGUAAUUUCCAUGUCGCUAGCUUCCACUGGUCGAGUGGAAGCCAUCAGCCAAGCAGUCAAUGCCGCCAUCAGCGGAGGGAUUCACGUCUGUGUCGCAGCAGGCAAUAAUGGCGAAGACGCCUGCAAUUCGUCUCCCGCUUCCUCCGGAGGCUCCCACGGCGGAGCUAUCACAGUCGGCGCAGUGGACAUUCGCGGUAAGAAGGCGAAGUUCUCGAACGACGGCGACUGCGUCGAUGUCUAUGCUCCGGGUGUGGACAUCGUGAGCUCCUGGAUCGGAGAGAGGAACAUGAUCAAUUCGCUAUCCGGGACAUCCAUGGCGGCGCCACAUGUGACUGGGAUCAUCGCUUAUGCCAUGGCGAACCGUACAUUGGCUGAGAACCCUGGUCUCAUGAAGGAAUGGAUACGGAUGGUGGCUUUGCCGUUGGGGAAUGGGAUGUUGUUGGCCAAUAAUGGCGUUCAACAGCCGGGCGAUGCUUCGCCAAAUGGGAUGAUCGGGCAAAGAGAUGUCGGUUCGGUUUGGAAGAUGGCAAAGAUCAGGGUGCCGUGGCGGUUUGGAAUGAGGAGAUGA